AUGGGCAAACGUCUAAAGCAGGUAUAUGAUGCCUUCCUCGUGUUGGACGUGGAGGCGACCUGCGUUGAGGGAUCAGACUUUGCAUAUCCGAACGAAAUCAUCGAAUGGCCCGUGUGCCUGCUACGGUGGAAGGAUGCGAACGUGAAAGGCAAGACGCGCGAGCUCGAGAUUGUCGCGGAGUUCCGCAGCUUUGUGCGGCCCACAUGGCGGCCUCAGCUUUCGGAAUUCUGCCAAGCUCUAACAGGUAUAACGCAGGAGCAAGUGGACUCGGCGUCCACCUUUCCUGAGGUGCUGCAAGACUUCCGGAAGUUCCUUGAGGAGCACGAGCUCCUCGAUGAAGCCGGGCAUCGCCUAGCGCGAUUCUGCUUCUGCAGCGAUGGCCCAUACGACAUUCGAGACUUUGUGGUGAAGCAAUGUUUCAUCUCCAAGAUCCCAGUUCCGGCCUGGCUAAGUGGGGACGUCAUGGACGUACGCAGAGUAGUGGGGGAGUGGCAUGAUGCCAACACGGCAGCCGCAGUGGAACGGCGACAGGUUGGCGCAUUUCCUCUCCCCAGGAGAAUGACGUUCCCCAUACCCCGCCAGCUGCACGCGCUUGGCUUGGAACCGUUCGUGGGACGGCAGCACAGCGGCAUCGAUGACACCCGGAACAUCUGCAGACUUGUCAUCGAACUUGCUAGGCGUGGCUGGAGACUGGAGCCCAAUACCGCUAUCAAUCCCAAUCGACGAUGGCCCUGGAUGGGCAAGAGAGGGAAGGUUCUCGAAGAGUAUUAUUCUUAG